UAGAAACACUAUUUUUUAGGGACUUACAGUGACAACUCUGUAACAAGCUUUCUUUCUGAUUGUGUUUGCUUGGGUAAUAUUUGUCAUGAUCCGAUGCCACUACUAGCUGAUAAAUUCGUCAAAAGAAAAAGUGUACACGAUUGUUCAUCGUAGCAGGCAUAGGAUUUGUUUGACAAAGCCCCAAUAACAUGGCUCAUGAUAUUGCACUAACAAAAUUUUUACCUUCGCCAUGCCACUGAUCGUAGCCCUUUUAAAAUUUCUUCUCUGCCACCAAAUUUGCCUUGCCUUUUACUGCUCAUUGAUCCUGAAUUUGUACGGUUUUAGUAGUACAACUCUCACGGCGAGGACUUCCGUUGCUGCGGUUCGACUGAAAAAAGCUGGACGUCGACCUGGUCCGGGUCGGGUUUCUGGGCGGGAACUAGUACUACACGGUAAAAAUUCUUGCCCUCAGCAAACAGGGUCCACCGCAGAGCAGCACCAGGAAACAACUUCUGCGAGUCGUAGUAGCAGCGGACUACAGGUGGAGAAAAAGGAAAAGCCCCGGAGUACUAGGCCAGCAGCCAAGAUGUCUGCCAUGCGGUGCAGCAGCCAGUUUCCCAACCUCGGGAGGAUCUUGGACCGAAUCGGGGACGACGAAAGCGUAUGAAUUGCAAAAGUAUCGUACUCGUAGUAUUGCAGCACAAAUUGACUCAGCAUGACAAAGGAAAUCUGUCAUGGUAAUUUAGCUUGAAAAUGAUAUUUGUCUUGCAUGACUGCGAUUAGAAGUACGAGUACGAUACUUUUGCACAGGAUAAAGCGAGUACGGCGAGUUGGAAUUUCUUCUCAUGGACGACGUGCAAAAAUUGUCGGAGCUGGAUCCCAACCACGCCGAACAGUUCGACAUCGCAAGUUGCUGCAUUUACCGUGGCUACCUGCCCAUGGCGAUCACGUUCGGUCCCGGGAGGGGAAGCAGCAUGUUCGCACCCAAACUGCAUCAGGAGAGGGCGCUGAUCGACUUGCGGAAGUAUUCAACAACAUCGUCUUCGUCACCAUCCAGUUUUGCGACCACUGGCGCAACAGAUUCUGCGUCUCGUAGCGCUCCUGCUUUAGGAGUAGAAGCAGCUGUAAAUAAAACAGGAGACGGCAGCUCAUCCUCCGCUGCUGCUCCUGCAGACCAAGUUAUCACUUUUGUAGAGGCACCAGGAGGAGCUCCUGCACCAGUCGAACUGUUGCAGUCUCCUGUGCCACCCAGCACCUCGCAGCUUCCGCCGAAAGAAACCUGGCUGACGAAAAAACGAAGGAAAAAAGUGAAGGGCUUUCAUCUCCAAGUGCGGAACCAAAUUUCGCCAACGCUGUGCGACUAUCCUGUGCAAAAGUAUGGUAUUCGUAUUGCAAUCAUGCAUUACAAAUCCUUUUUCUAAGGUAAAUCCGCAUUACAAAUUUUAAUUCUCAUGCUGAGGAAAUUUCUAAUGCAUUUAUACGAGUACGAAUACGAUACUUUUGCAGUUCAUAGCGACCAGAUCCGGAAGCACACCUGCACGAAUACGAAGGACGACAACUGUAUCAAAUGCAAAAAUGUCUGGGUCUGGAUGAAAGUUGUAAUGCUAAAAAUGGAUGAUGGGGCAAUUGCAAUAGUACGCAGCCAAGCAUGACAAAUUUUUGAGGUCCUAUGUCUUGCGUAUUCCGCAUGGCAAACUGCGUUUUUGCAUGACAGGUAGGCGGACCUUUUCGCGCCCAUGCAUCACAGAUUGUCGAGUCAUGUCAGACAUGCAUGCCAAAUGUAGGAAUCUUCCAGACCCAGACAUAUCUGCAUUUGAUAAACUGGCUGACCAGCGAGUUGCAGGCCCUUUACCAGCGGAACAUUGACAUGAACAAAAAACAAAGAGCGUCAAGGAGCACACAGGAGCUUGUUGAUGAUGUAACAACUACGAGAAGGGGGACCCCCGCAGCAUCUUCUUCUUCAUCUGAAAACAGCACAAGCAGCUCCGCUGCCUCUAAAAAUACUGCUGCAGAACAAGGAGCGCCGGAGGACAAGCAAACCCAGGCUGCAGAGGCUCCACCCGCGGCAAGAACAUCUUCGUCUACUGCGGCUGGGCCAAGCCAAAGCAGCGCGAUAACGAAUUCGAAGCGGAUCAACAGCGCGCCCGAUAGCUCGAUAAAGAAGCCGCGCACCGAGGUCGUGCACACCACAGGCACGACUAGUCGCGCCAACAUGCGAUCGGCAGCUGGGAAGGAAAAUGCGAAAAUUUCGUCGUCCUCUGGCGCUUCGUCGAAGGGGCCCUCACUUCCGCCGCCUCCUCCUGCACCGAAAGUGUACAAGAACGUGAAUUUUUGGUCGGUCGAGCUGUUUAACGACAAAGGGCAGCUGAUUGCAGGCGAGCUCGGGUACACAAUAUCGAAAUAAAAAAGCCCCCCUCGUCUCCAAUUCGAACGAAAAUUUCUGUUGCUGGAUUUGUCUACACAAAUUAGCUCUGUAUUGCAGUGAGGCACUGCAGGCAAAGCCCGAGCCUUUUUAGGGGUGCUUUGGAUGGUGUAGGCGCAAGGUAGGCGAAUAGCAGAGGCCUGCAAGGUAGGCGUAACAGCAUUACAAAGAAAUCGCCUGCGUGAUGUGGCGGACCCGCUGGAUUUCAUGUUGUCACAAAUCAGCAUCGCAAACAUUUUUUAGAAGCAUACGCUUUUUCAUCAAUCUUCACUAGGGCGAGGGGGGACGAUUUAUUUUCCUCACAAUACACUAACGGCCUGAUUUACACGAGCUUGACCGGCUUUUUCAACCGUGACAAUAUGGAGGAGAAUUCGGGCGCUGGGAAGGUGCAGCUGCUUCUGCUCGGCGAGUUUUUACUCGAGCGCGGGAUCAAAAUCUGGGAUCUCGGCAUGAUGAUUCCGUACAAGCAGGAGCUGGGUGCGUUUCUAGUUUCGCGGAAAUCGUGGCUGAACGACUACUAUCCUGUGCAAAAGUAUCGUACUCGUAUGAAUUGCAGGAAUGCAUGACAAAUCUGGUUUCCUAUCCAAAUCUGCAUUACAAAUUCCAAUUUUCUUCCUGAUAAAAUUCGUCAUGCGAUUUAUACUACGUACGAUGCUUUUCCUUUUGCAAUGCAUAACUACGUGCGGAAAUUUCGGGAUGUUGAACUUCCGGUGGCAAGUUUGACGCAAGAAGUCGACGUGCGCAAACUGGUUUAUGGGACUCUCAAACAUUACAUUCUCAACUGUUACAUGAUUUGUCAUGCAAAAACACUAUCAUGACUUUUCACAAUUUCAUUUUCAAGCCUUCUCCGCAUGACAAGUUCUCGACGCGCUAGAUUAUAGCAUUACACUGUGCUCCUCCAAACCUGUAAUGCAAAAGGCGCAACCUUUCCACUUUCACUUUUGCCUUUCUGGCAUCACAAAUUCAUGUAACAGUUGAGAGUAUAACAGUUGCGAACGCCAUAUGGUUAUGGACCACAUUCAGAGAGUGCGGGCGAAAGAGCCUCAAAGCGAUUGUAGUAAUAAAGAGGAAACAUAUCCUACGAAAAAACUGUUUCACUGUGAUGACUUUGCAGGAUCUGCAUCACAAGUUUGCUACACAUGAAACUGAAAAUUUGUCAUGCGCGCUUCCCAAGGGAAAACACGCGUGAAAAUCCAAUGCCUUGCAUGUAUAGCAAGAGAAACACAUUUGCGUUCCGUUCUAUGCAUCACAAGUUCACAGUGAAACAGUUUUUUCUUGCGAUAAAAGAAAAACUGCAGGAGCUACAACAGGAGAUGAACAAGUGCAGCAGCAAGAAGCUGCAAUCGACGAUGGCGCAGAAAAAACUACAAAAGCUGGCACUUCUUCUACAUCGUCCCCCAGGACUCGUCCCUUAGUACCCUCUACUGUGCCAGUACAGCUAAACAAGACGUCUGGAAGUGAUGACUUUGCACCGAAAGAAAGACCACGCUUGGACGACGAGGACGUGGCAGCUGUGGGAGGUUCAAUGGACAACUCUGACGGCCGCGUUGGUCGCACGGCAGUUUCUGGACAGCACGAGCAUCGGACUGAUAAAGCGGGAGGGGACAAGGAUCAUACGGCCAAAUAAAGACUAGAAGGCCAACAGCUUCUAGUGGUGUCAAGAGUAGCAAAGCAUAGUGAUAUCAAGAAGGCCAACAGCUGCAAGGCGCACGAAAUAAGUAGCAGAAACAUCAAGACGAGACUGGUAGUUGUCGUGGGACUUCUUACCAACAAAUAGAAGAAGUUUUCUUGAACAUCAAGGUGCAUACUUGUGGUGCCUGGAGACAACUUCUAUGGCACGGAAAUGUUCUCUUCAAAGAAGCAACAACUUCAUCUUCUAUCUAUAGCGCCUUCCGAAAACAAAAACGCCAAGAUGAACUCCUACCUUUCGUCAUCGCCUCGCACGCACUGUAGUUGCAUUGCUUAUGCGCAAAAUAAAG